AUGAGUACGCCGGAGAAGUCAAAGACUAACGUUACUAGGGCAGAAUUUGUUAACAAGAGGCAAGGUAGGAUUGGUGGGAAGACAGAAGAAGAAUUUUUAGAAGGGUUAAGAUCUAGUAAGAGUUCCGAUGGUGAUAAAAAUGGUACUAAUUCACCAAUUAGUAAUGAAUAUUUGGGAUCGUCCCCUUUAUUAACAUCAACACCAUCAACAAUCUCUAAAGUAUUAAUUAAUUUAUAUCCUUAUCUGAUAAUUUGGGAUAAUUUAUUAGGUGUUUUAACUUGGACUUGUGAUGAUAUUUGGCCAAGUGUAUUAUUAGUAUUAACAUAUUUUGGUGCAGUUCUUUAUCUGGAUACAAUUGUAAAAUAUUUUGGUCAUAUAGUUAUCAUUUCAAUAUUUAUUGGUUAUGCUAAAUUAGAUAAAUACAUUGGCAAUAUUGUAACAAGUAAACCAACAUUAGAAAACAUAGUUACAAUCAUGAGUAGAAUUUCAUUAAAAUCUGAUAUUUUAUUGAGUCCAUUUUCAAACUUAAAUAUAAGAAAUAUCCAAAGAAUUUUAUUAACAGCAUUAUUGCUUUCACCAAUUCAUAUUUUAGUAAGUUGGUUAAUUUUACCACCACGGAAAUUAUUAUUAUUAAAUGGGUUAUUUGUUCUAACUUAUCAUUCUUCAUGGUCAAAAGUUACAAGAAGAUUACUAUGGAAAUUCCGUUUUGUUAGAUUAUUAGUAUUUUAUAUUACUGGUAUUGAUCUUGGUGGAAUCAAUAAAAAUAAUAAUAAGAGUCUUUUCGCUGCUGUUCAAAAUCAAGUUAGUAAAUUAUCAUCUGCAGAGAAUUCUGUGAAAGAUGGCAACAACAAUAAUAGUAGUAAUCAUAACAAACCAAUUAGAUUUACUUAUGUAUUAUAUGAGAAUCAACGUCGUUGGAUCGGAAUGGGUUGGAAUACCAAGAUGUUAAGUUAUGAAAGAACAGCUUGGACAGAUGAAUUCUUAAAUGAAGCACCAGAACCUGAAAAUUUUGAAUUACCAAAUGAAAACUCCGAAAUGCAAUGGAGAUGGAUUGAUAAAACUUGGAGAUUAGAUUUAACUAACGAUGGCGCAAUUACAAUGUCAGAUGUUCAAGCAAAGACAACUGCUUCACCAGGAUCUGAAGAUGGAUAUUUAUAUUAUGAUAAUCAAUGGAAGAAACCAUCUGUUGAGGAAUCAUUUUCAAAAUAUACAAGACGUAGACGUUGGGUUAGAACAGCUGAAUUAAUUAAAAUUACUACCAAUAAAGAUACUACAAAAUCAUCAAAUAUUAAUGAUUCUACUGAUAACAAUACUACUACAACAACCGGUAUAAUUAAAAAAGUUGAAAGUAGUACUUCUGCCACUGAGACUUCAAUUGAAGUACCAAUUACAAUAAAGAAAAUUGAUAGUAGUAAUUAUGAUUCUAAAGAUUAUGACAGUGGCAGUUCUACUGUUAUAAGGAAUAGAAUGGCGGGCGCGUCAUCAAUUAAUACAUCAUUAUCAGAAACGGCAAAAUCUACAACAACAACAACCGUUAGUAAUGGUCUAACAUAUAUAGAUGAUUAA